AUGGCGAUGGGAGAGCAAGUCGCAGACCGGGGGGAGAUGAUUGUGACUCCGCGGAGCGGGGGGGGGUGCAAGGCGGAACGGCAGACGGCGGGGGAGCAGCGGAAGGUGAAGCAGCGGAGGGAAGAGCAAGUGGAGCAGCGGAGGGGGAGCUGGCAGCGGCGGAUGUCGGGGAAGCGCAAGGCGCAGAAGAGGGCGGGAGGUCUUGGCAUCGGAAUUCUCACCACGCCCUACGCGCUCGCCCAAGCGGGCUGGUUAGGCUUGCUCCUUCUGCCCGCCACGUCCCUCCUCUACCUCCUCACCGCCCGCCUCCUCCGUGCCUGCAUGGACCACACACCAUCCACCGAUCCCCACUCCCCUGAUACAAGUAUCCACACCUCGACUGCAAGCAGCCACGCCUCCACCACCGCACCCUACACCUCCGCAACUUCUCCCCACACCUCCGCCACUGCACUCCACGCCUCCACGAUCACCACCUACCCCGACAUAGGCGCGGCAGCGUUCGGCCGCACAGGGCGCAUGCUCACAUCUCUGGUGCUCUACGGGGAGCUCUUCGCCGUGUCGGUCGAGCUGCUCAUUCUCGAAGGGGAUAGCCUCGCCUUCCUCUUCCCCUCCUUCGCCCCGCACGGCGUCUCCCUGGGGACCUCCCUCCGUCUGUCCGCCAACCAGGUGUUUCUGAUAAUCGCAGCGCUCAUCGUGCUCCCCACGGUGUGGCUGAGGAAAAUGUCUCUUCUGGCGUAUGUGUCGGUAGGGGGGUUGCUUGCUGCGCUGGUCACGGUGGUGGGCGUGGCGUGGGUGGCAGCAGUGGGAACAGACGAUGCAGGCUCUGCUGCUGCCGCUGCCUCGUCAGCAGCUGCAGCAGCGCAUGGGGGAUCGGCGUUGCUGCGUCUGCAGGGAAUACCAGUGGCGAUGGGGAUAUUCGGGUUCUGCUUCUCGGGGCAUGCUGUCUUCCCCACCAUCUACCGCUCCAUGGACAAGCCCCAGCACUACAACCGGGUACUCCUCAUCUGCUUCACCGUCUGCACAUGCAUAUACGGCGGCAUCGCCAUUCUCGGCUAUUCCAUGUACGGACAAGCCACUGCCGCCCAGAUUACCCUCAACCUCCCGCCCUCUCUCACGCCCUCCCGCAUAGUCCUAUGGACCACCAUCAUCUCACCCCUCACCAAAUUCGCCAUCACCAUCACCCCCGUCGCUCUCGCCCUCGAGUCCUCCCUCUCCUCCCUCCUCUCCAACCUCUCCCCUCCCAACCUCGCCUCCUGUACGCCUUACUGCGUGCCCCGCUUCAAGAACAGAGGCUGCAGCUGCAACUGCAAGUACACGCCGCUCCCUCUCUCCCGGCUCUCGAAUCUCCCAGGCUUUAACAGAAUGAGGAUCAGCGGAAAGACAGCUGUGUCCCUAACUGUGAGGACUCUACUGGUGGUGCUGGUGGCAGCGGCGGGAUUACUGCUUCCUUUCUUCGCCCUGGUUAUGACUCUCACGGGCUCUCUUCUCAGCAUCUCCAUCUCUUUGCUCCUCCCCACGGCCUGCCACCUCAGCAUUAAGUGGCGCCAGCUGUCGCGUGCGUCGGUUGCGUGCCACGUGGCGAUUCUCCUGGGAGGGACAGCGGCGGCUGUGACGGGGACGGUUUAUGCUGUCAGGGGGAUAGCUGCUGGUGGUGGUGGGUCGCAUUAG